AUGACCCACUCCUGUUGUCCCCCUUGCUGCCAGCCCACCUGCUGCACAACCAUCUGCUCCCAGCCCACCUGCUGCACAACCACCUACUGCCAGCCCACCUGCUCUGGGUCCAGCUGCUACCAGCCUUGCUGCCGCCCAACUUGUCAAACCACCUGCUGUACCACCAGCUGCCAACCAAUUUGUCAGACCAGCUGCUGCCGUCCUUCCUGUUGCAGCACACCCUGCUGCCAGCCCACCUGCUCUGUGUCCAGCUGUGCUGGCCAAACCAGCUGUGGGUCCAGCUGCGGCCAGCCUUGCUGCCGCCCUAGUUGCUGCUCCACACCCUGCUGCCAGCCAGCUUGCUCUGGCCCUGUCUGCUGCCAGCCCUGCUGCCAACCAAAUUGCUGCCGCCCAACCAGCUGCGUGUCCAGCUGCUGCCAGCCCUGCCCCUGUCCAACCAGCUGCGUGUCCAGCUUCUGCCAGCCCUGCCCCCGCCCAACUUGCUACGUGUCCAGCUGCUGCAAGCCCUGCCCCCGCCCAGCCUGCUGCGUGUCCAGCUGCUGCCAGCCCUGCCCCCGCCCAGCCUGCUGCGUGUCCAGCUGCUGCCAGCCCUGCCCCCACCCAGCCUGCCGUCAGACCACCUGUUGUAGGACUGCCUGCUGCCACCCCAGCUGCUGA